UACAUAAAAACCCCGUUGUCGUCCCCCUCCCUUCGUCACUUCAUCCCCUUCGAGUCUCUUCUUCCCCUAGAAUUUGCUCUCUAGUCUCGGGUAGAUUGUCUAUUCGAUCAUCGUUAGCUGGCUGACUAGCGAGAAACUCUCCCUAAAGGGUUUGGGUUUCUGUACUCGUACAAGUAAACUCUGCUGUGCCAGUUUUCCCAUGGAGGGGGAAUCUUACUUCGAGAAAGAUGGAGGAUAUUCUAAAUGCUCAAUCUUGCUUGAAUUAUCUGCUUCGGACAAUCUCUUAGCCUUCAAAAACGAAGUGGAAGUGAAGGGUUGUAACAUUGAUGCGGCUGGCUUUUGGUAUGUUAGAAGACUCGGCUCGAGGAAGAUGGGUCUUGAGGAGAGGACUCCUCUCAUGGUUGCUUCCUUGUUUGGAAGCUCUAGGGUUGUGAAGUACAUUCUUGAGUCCGGCAAAAUCGAUGUAAAUAGGGCUUGUGGUUCGGACAAGGUGACUGCCCUUCACUGUGCUGUUGCUAGCGGCUCCACUUCUGCAGUGGAGGUUGUCAAGCUAUUGCUUCAUGCAUCAGCUGAUGCUAAUUUUGUCGAUGGCAAUGGAAAGAAGCCAAUUGAUGUGAUAGCUCUUCCAUUAAAGUCGCGCGGCGAUUCAAGGAGGAAGCUGAUGGAGCUGUUGCUGAAAGGCGAUGAUGGUGAUGGCGAAAUUGAAUCCCAUGAGGAGAAACUGGUUGCCGUACUGCAAGCAUCCAAAGAGGGAAGCGAGAAGAAAGAGUAUCAAUUUCCUGUUGAUGUCUCUCUGCCUGACAUAAACAAUGGGAUUUACGGUACUGAUGAGUUCAGAAUGUAUGCUUUCAAAGUAAAACCGUGCUCGCGGGCAUACUCCCAUGACUGGACAGAGUGCCCAUUUGUUCACCCGGGCGAGAACGCGAGGAGGCGGGACCCUCGCAAGUACCCCUACAGCUGCGUCCCAUGCCCUGAAUUUCGGAAGGGAUCUUGCCCUAAGGGUGACUCAUGCGAGUACGCACACGGCGUAUUUGAGUCAUGGCUUCAUCCUGCACAGUAUAGAACGAGACUAUGCAAGGAUGAGACUGGAUGUGCUCGCAAAGUUUGUUUCUUUGCUCAUAAGCGCGAGGAAUUGAGGCCUGUCUAUGCUUCAACCGGAUCGGCUAUGCCUUCCCCAAAAUCCUACUCGUCGAGUGGGCUGGACAUGUCCACACUGAGUCCUCUCUCACUCGGUUCUCCGUCGGGGUCAUUGCCUGUUACCUCAACACCACCCAUGUCUCCUCUUGCAGCCUCAUCUUCUCCGAUGUCUGUGAACCUGUGGCAGAGCAAGGCUAACAAACUCUCCCCGCCAAUGCUGCAGCUCCCAGGGAGUAGGCUCAAGACCACAGUGAGCGCUAGGGACUUGGGCCUGGAGAUGGAAUUGCUUGGUUUAGAAAAUCAUCAAUUGAUGGAAGAGAUAUCUCGUCUCUCUUCACCAUCAUCCUGCUUUAAUAGUAGGAUUGGGGAAAUGAAACCCACUAACCUUGAUGACGUUUUUGGGUCUCUGGAUCCUGCUUUGCUGCCUCAAUUUCAGGGGCUUUCAAGACCUUCGACGCCAAGCCAGUUGCAAUCUCCAACUGGGCUUCAGAUGCACCAGAAUGCGACCCAGUUUCGUGGGGCAUACUCAAGCAAUGCAAACGCGUUGUCAUCUCCAGUGAGGAAGCAGGCACCUUCUUAUGGUUUCGACUCGUCAAGUGCAGUUGCAGCAGCGGUCAUGAAUUCCAGGUCAGCCGCUUUUGCAAAGCGGAGUCAGAGUUUUAUCGACCGAGGAUUUGCAAGCCCUGGAAUCGCCAAUUCUUCCCCUAUGAUGUCUUCAACUAUGUCAAACUGGAGCUCACCUGAUGGGAAAUUGGAUUGGGGCGUCCAAGGAGAUGAGUUGAGUAAGCUGCGGAAAGCGGCUUCCUUUAAGAUGAGAGGCAACACUGCAGCAGGUGCUAAUACUGUCUCGGCAGCAGCGAUGGCUGAUGAGCCAGAUGUUUCUUGGGUCAGUUCGUUGGUUAAGGACGUGUCUCCUGCGGAGGACGCGAUGUUCGCCGUGGAAAAAGGACAGCGCGCUUAUGGGAAAGACAUCCAUGAAAUGCUUCCUCCAUGGGUGGAGCAGCUAUACAGAGAAGUGCCACGGAUGGCAGCAUAAGAUCGCUGUCACAAGUCGGCUGCCUGAUUAUGCUGACUAAUUAUUAUUCUUUGCAUUUGUUUUGGAGUAUUAGUUGGUAGCCGCUAGAUAUGAGAAAAGGCAAAGCAAGGGAUGGUGUCUUGGCAAGGAAUAGGAUGCACAUAUUCUGUUAUCAAAUAGACUAGACUUGGGGACAAUGGUCAUAGCCAAAUGUCCAAAUAUGAUAUUCUUUUUCCAAUUCUUUCUCUUCUCCAUUGUAGGCUUCUCACCAAGUCGUUAAGUGAGAACCUGGGUGGGAUGUACCAUAUCUCUCUCCUGUAAUGUCUCUUAGUUGAAGAAAAUGGCUUUGUAAUAGAUUUGGCCUUUCCAA